CCUCCCGCCUCCGCUCGGUGCCUCCCCGCAGGCACCCCCUGAAACUUUCCCCGGCCGCCUGCGCACGCUGUUCCUCCCCGCCGGGGGAAGACGUGCUCCCGCUCCCUCCGUGCAGCGGGGACGGGGAGGCGGGCAGCCUGCCUCCCUCCUCCUCCCCCCGCCCGCCGGAGCCUCGCCGAGGCGCCCGCAUUGCACCGCCGCGCCGUGCCGUGAGCGGGGCUCGGCGCUGCCCACCCGCGCCCCGUCCCCGGCCGGCGGCAUGAGCGCCGGCGAGGCCAAGGAGUAUCUGGCCCGCAGGGAGAUCCCGCAGCUUUUCGAGAGUCUGUUGAAUGGAUUAAUGUGUUACAAACCCGAUGACCCAAUUGAAUAUUUGGAAGGCUGUUUGCAGAAAGUGAAAGAGCUUGGAGGGUCAGAAAAAGUGAAAUGGGACACUUUUGUCAGCCCAGAAAAGAAGACCCUGCCUCCACUCAAUGGAGGACAAUCCAGGAGGUCUUUUUUCAGGAAUGUGAUGCCUGAUAAUUCUAACUUCCCAUACCGACGGUAUGACCGACUCCCUCCAAUCCAACAGUUUUCGAUAGAGAGUGACACCGACCUCUCUGAAACUGCAGAGCUAAUCGAGGAGUACGAUGUAUUUGAUCCUUCAAGACCUCGACCAAAAAUUAUCCUUGUCAUAGGUGGCCCAGGAAGUGGUAAAGGAACACAGAGUUUGAAAAUAGCAGAACGUUAUGGAUUUAACUACAUAUCAGUUGGUGAACUGUUAAGGAAGAAGAUCCACAGCACAAGCAGCAAUAGAAAAUGGAGUCUAAUUGCCAAAAUAAUUACUACUGGAGAACUGGCCCCUCAGGAAACAACAAUAACUGAGAUAAAGCAGAGAUUAAUGCAGAUCCCUGAUGAAGAGGGCAUAGUGAUUGAUGGAUUUCCCAGAGAUGUUGCCCAGGCAAUCUCCUUUGAGGACCAAAUCUGUACCCCAGAUUUGGUGGUGUUUCUGGCAUGUUCCAGUCAAAGGCUGAAAGAAAGGUUACUGAAGCGUGCUGAACAGCAAGGGAGACCUGAUGAUAACCUGAAAGCCACUCAGAGACGACUAAUGAAUUUCAAGCAGAAUGCUGUCCCGUUGGUUAAAUAUUUCCAGGAAAAAGGGCUAAUCAUCACAUUUGAUGCAGACAGAGAUGAAGAAGAAGUGUUCUUUGACAUAAGUUCGGCAGUUGACAAUAAACUAUUUGCAAACAAGGAGGCUGCAGCAGGGUCAGAUGAACUUCCUUGCAGUCUGAUUAUGGAUUCUGGUGAUACUGUUUAUACAGAAUUUGACUUUGAAGACCAGGAGGAGGAUCAGUCAAGUUUUUCUGGUUAUGAGAGCACAGGAGACUUUUCAGAAGAUCUGAGGAAAUCAAACAUAAUUUUUGUAAUCGGUGGCCCUGGCUCUGGCAAAGGUAGCCAAUGCGAACAGUUAGCCAAGAAAUACGGAUUUACUCACCUGUCUCCUGGUGACCUUCUCCAAAAUGAGUUAUCAUCAUUAUCAGAGAGAAGUAAAUUGAUCAAAGACAUCAUGGAAUGUGGUGAACCUGUGCCUGGCGGUAUUACCCUAGAGCUACUGAAGGAAGCCAUGGUUUCCAAGUUAGGGGACACAAAAGGAUUCCUGAUUGAUGGGUAUCCCCGGGAGCUGAAAGAAGCGGAAGAGUUUGAGAGCAAGAUUGGGGAACCAAAACUUGUGUUCUGCCUGGACUGCUCUGCAGAAACCAUGAGCAGUCGCCUUCUGAUGAGAAAUCAGAGCGGUCAGCACUUUGAUAACGCUGAAACCAUCAAGGAAGGGAUCGAAAACUAUUACCAAGCAUCAAAACCUGUGAUUGCAUACUAUGAAAGGAAGACACAGUUAUGCAAGGUCGAUGCCGAAGGAACGCAGGAGGAUGUUUUUCUGGAAGUCUGCAAGACAAUUGACUCUUUUCUGAAAGAGGAAGAAGCAGCAUUUCCUUUUCCCACAGAAACGCAGUAACGGCGCGUACGCGGCCUCACCUCACCCGCACGUGACGGUCACGGUUAAAACGCUGUUCAAAGCAAUACCGCUUUCUUGAGAGGUAUCUGGAAUCUGUGCAUGUGGUAUGUUAUUUUAGACGAAGUCUUUUUUCUCCGCUCUGACAAUACACUCGAUAGAAAGUGGUCUGUACGCUAACUGUACACUAAGAACUAUGUAUUGUUUUAUUGGUUGUUUGCUCUUCACGGGUUAAAAGCAGCAUGGUGAACAGCAGCUCUGGUUUGUAUGUCAUGAUCUCAUGCAUUUGAUUGGAAGUCUGACAGUGCCUGGCCAGCAGCGAGCUCUUCAGCCACAUCAUCCACCAUUUCGCACACCGACUUUAAGAUUACUGCGUACAAGUUUCUCAUUGGUUAUUAUUUUAAUUGAUGGUAUUAAUUUCUGUGGUAUCACUUAGCUUGUUCUUGGGUUUUAGUGACUAAAAUCUGUUCCCCGUUACAUGCAGCGGUAAGACAGCUGGAAUUAGUCAAGCUAGAAGUGAAACUUUCCACACAUCCCCAGGACACUAUUACACGAAGAAGCAGAAAAAUUAAUUGCAGGUGAAGAUACGGCCGAGUGUUGUGGAAGUCUGUCAAUCCAUUAUCAUGGAGCAGACACCAUUUUUGAGACAGCCUCGUCUUCUGCUGGGAAUCGUAGGAUAUUAUAAAUGACGACUUCCCAGUUUUGUGAGCCGAGGUGAAAAUGAUGAUUGUGUUGUAUAGUUAAAUGUGCGCUCCAGUAAUUAUCCAUAUUAACAACAGUUCUACUGUAUUAACUAAAGUCUACAUGUAAAGUUGACUAUGAGCCAGAAUGUAUGAAGAUGUCUUUAAAUCAUACUUUGUAAGCAUUUCAAAUGCAAAAUUCAGGCCAUCAUCUGUUGUCUUGUACUGGCAUUGCCAAAACUUUUUGGGAAAAGAGAAAGGGGAAAAAAAAAAAGAGAGGAUGUCAGGGAUUAUUUGAUUCAUAGUGCUUGCAUCUUUAGGAAGCCAUUUAUCUGUAAUACCCGCAAAAAAAAGUCUGUAAAAAUCAUAUUGUAUUUCUAUUUCGUUAACCAAAGUAUUGUGGCGUUUCUUUGGUAUUCUGGUAGCUAAAUAAAAGCUUGUUUGACGUUCCUGUAAAGUAACUGCAUCCUCUUACUGGAACUACUGGAUGAAUUCACAGCUGAAGUGGGUUGCAUGAUUGCUCUUACUGUCAAAGUUGUACUUUAUGCGGCAGAUUUGUAUUUUUAAAGUUACCUUUCUUGUAACAAAGACAUAAUACAAAUAAAACGUACAAAAAUGA